GCAGGAGUGAGGGAGGGAUAGUUGUGCAACUGCCUGCUGCAGUUUUUCCCCAUUGCUUUAGCAAGACUUUCAGCUGUAGCUGUGAGAGAGCCCCAAUGGGCCUUGGGCUGCCCCAGCCACCUCUUCCAGGGAUGUUGCACAGGGACUGCAAAGAGCUUGGAGAGUGACCAGACACCAACCCAGAGGUCCUCUGGCCCCUGUGCAGCUUUGGCCAUUGUCCUCCAACAUUUGGCACCCAGGGUCUUACCUGACACCCUUGCAGUGCCCAGUUGUCAAAAGUAGAAGGGGAUCUCAGCACACCAUGGCAGGGUUCUGAUCUGGGCUCCCUUCUAGAUUGGAAUCACAACUUGCAUUAUCCAGAGGCCCUGCUGGAUGAUGGCUUGAAACACUUGAGAAAUGCUGGAGGUGUGUCUGCAGGGAGGACUUUCCCAGCUCCUGGGUUGGUAACUGUACGCAAGCCCGGCUCCCAUCGCAGGGGUCCUCCAAGUGGAAAGAACAAAGCUGCAGGACACCAGAAACUCCAUGUGCCAUCAAAACCCAUGAGGCAAAUGCUGAAGGAAAUGCUGCAGGGAGGACAAGAAGUGGACAGAGCGGCUGUGCUGAAGGCGGCGUUUCCCGGAGGAAGCAGUGGCCCAUGGGCAGCCUCUGCUGCAGGAAGGGAGGCCAUGCCAGGCACAGUCACAGGAGAUUGGAAUCACAACUUGCAUUAUCCAGAGGCCCUGCUGGAUGACAGCUUGAAACACUUGAGAAAUGCUGGAGGUGUGCCUGCAGGGAGGACUUUCCCAGCUCCUGGGUUGGUAACUGUACGCAAGCCCGGCUCCCAUCGCAGGGGUCCUCCAAGUGGAAAGAACAAAGCUGCAGGACACCAGAAACUCCAUGUGCCAUCAAAACCCAUGAGGCAAAUGCUGAAGGAAAUGCUGCAGGGAGGACAAGUGCCCACUACCCCAAGGCAGAAGUGGAUCCCAGCGCACCAUGGACGUGGUUCUGAUCUGUACUGGCUUCUAGACUGGGAUCAGGACAUGGAUUAUCUGGAAGCCCAGCUAGAUGACAGCUGGCAAGACUUGGAGAAUGCUGGAGCCAAGCCUCUUGGUGAAGGUGAUCUGGCUUCCCAACCCACGUCCAGGACUGAGGCUCUGGGAGAUGGCGAGGGUGUGCCUGCAGCGAGGACUUUCCCAGCUCCUGGGUUGGUAACUGUACGCAAGCCCAGCUCCCAUCGCAGGGGUCCUCCAAGUGGAAAGAACAAAGCUGCAGGACACCAGAAACUCCAUGUGCCAUCAAAACCCAUGAAACAAAUGCUGAAGGAAAUGCUGCAGGGAGGACAAGUGCCCACUACCCCAAGGCAGAAGUGGAUCCCAGCGCACCAUGGACGUGGUUCUGAUCUGUACUGGCUUCUAGACUGGGAUCAGGACAUGGAUUAUCUGGAAGCCCGGCUAGAUGACAGCUGGCAAGACUUGGAGAAUGCUGGAGCCAAGCCUCUUGGUGAAGGUGAUCUGGCUUCCCAACCCACGUCCAGGACUGAGGCUCUGGGAGAUGGCGAGGGUGUGUCUGCAGGCAGGACUUUCCCAGCUCCUGGGUUGGUAACUGUACGCGAGCCCGGCUCCCAUCGCAGGGGGCCUCCAAGUGGAAAGAACAAAGCUGCAGGACACCAGAAACUCCAUGUGCCAUCCAAAAUCACUCCGCAAAUGCUGAAGGAAAUGCUGCAGGGAGGACAAGGUGGGUCCAUGUCCCUCAGCCUUCUCCUGAGACUCAGCAGCCAGGGGCUUUCUUUGCACAGCAGGAAGCGGAUCCAUGGCAGCCUCGCUGCCCCACUGUUGCUUUCAUGGCCUGCAGGGCUGUUUCCCAGCCUGGCCUGGCUGCAGCUUCUCCCCAGCCUCUGCAGAAAGGCAUUUGGCAUCAGCAGGCAGGGAGCCCAAAGUGCAGCAAGGGUCAUGCUCACACUGAGAUCCCCUGCAAUUUCUUGGUCCCCAGGUAGAUCAGAAAGGGCAGCUAUUUGGAUGAG